GCUGAACUUGUGAAAUACCCGGAAGAAACGUUACCUGCAGCCAUGGAGAUGAUAUAGCGUUGCUGUUUUUAUUGUUGUUAAAACUGAGAGGAGGCGGUUUUCAGUAAGUGAAAAUGUUCAAUAAGUCUCCAGGUUUCGGCUAUGAGGCAGUUUCGCAGGGAGACCCUGGCAGUACUCCGGGCCUGUACGCGACCCCCUUUACCUUCGGACAGUCUCAGUUCAGCAGCGGCCACUCCUUUGACUAUGUGCCUAAAAUAAAAGACAACGACUUUACUGACAAAACUCAAGGAUUACUGUCAUGGAUAUGCAACUUGAUUGUCACAUUCCUGGUUUUUCUUUGCACUCUCAUCACAUUUCCUAUCUCAGCGUGGUUCGUAUUAAAAACAGUGCCCAACUAUCAGAGAAUCGUUGUGUUCCGGCUGGGUCGCAUCAGACCUCCUAAGGGUCCAGGAGUGGUGCUAGUGCUUCCGUUGAUUGACCAGUGGCAGAGAGUGGACCUGAGAACCAGGGCCUUCAACAUACCACCGUGCAAGGUGACCACUAAAGAUGGUGGACUGGUGUCUGUAGGAGCAGACAUCCAGUUCCGGAUCUGGAAUCCAGUGAUGUCUGUGGUGGCGGUACAGGAUCUGAAUGCCUCCACACGCCUCACUGCGCUCAACGCCAUGACCCAGAGCCUGGGCAAAAGGACUGUGAGAGAGAUACAAACAGAAAGAGUUAAGCUAGGCGAGCAUCUUGGGAUGGACAUAAAUGAGUUGACAAAGCCGUGGGGAUUGGAGGUGGACAGAGUGGAGCUGGCCCUGGAAAGUGUGCUCCAGGCUCCAGAGAACCCUCAGUCAGGGUCCGUUAUUAUGCCUCCCUCUGUCCCUGGCCUGGAAGGUCUCACAGGACCAAUUCAGCAGCUUGCCAUGCACUUUCUUGGGCAAAGCACACAAACACCCCAGCCUCUUAAGGAUACAGUGAGCUUCACCGAUGAGUUGAGCAUGGUGGCCCCAGUAGCUGCAGCCAGCAACAGAGUGGAGGAGCUGCUGGCAGCAGUCAGUCUGGUGCUGUCUGAAAGUUUGGUUAAGCAGGUGGGAGCCUGCUUCCAGUUUUACAUCAGCACUAGUAGUGGCCAAACCAGCAGCUACUACGUGGACCUGACUCAAAACAGUGGAGCAUGUGGUGUGGGUGAAGCAAGGCGAUCAGACGUCUCUCUGAGUAUGAGCGAGCAGGACUUGAUGGCCAUGUUCCAGGGUAGCCUGCAGCCAUUUGCUGCAUACAGCUGUGGUAGACUGAGAGUACAGGGAGACCUGCACACAGCCAUGAAGCUAGAGACACUUCUUAAACUCCUUAAGCCUCAUUGAGGCCUACUGUUAGUAGUGCACGUGCCUCAUAUGUGCUGCCUUUGCAUUCAUGUCAGCAUGUCAGUUCUCUUUCCAUAGCUGGCAGUACUAUAUUAAAGUACUAUAAUUGAAAUAUGAACUUUUUAGUUAUCUAAAAGAUGCAAAAAUGUAAUUGGCCUACCAUUAAAAAAGGCUGUGAAAGUGAUUUCCUGGAUGAAUAAUUGGCAUUCAGGACAGAUAUCUGAGCAAGCAAAUGAAAGACACGUGUUCUACUAGGUUCUACUUUGAAAAUGGUAAAAUCUCACUUUUUGCAAUACAGAACAGAAUAUACUUCCACAUUUAUACUAACAAUAGAAUAUAUAUGUAAGUAUAAAAAGGUACAAAAACUGUCACUGGGGCAGUACCCAAUAUGUCACUAGGGUGGAACCCUCAAGAAUACAUCUUAGUACCUUUAGUCAGCGAAAAUGAUUGUACCAUAAUCCAUAAUCCGACUCCACACACCGAUUCAUCUUAAGGCUUUUUAUUUUAUUGUUCUGUUUUAAAACAUUACACUGGAAAAAAUGUAUUUAUGGAACAUAAUUAGACUGUAAAACCACUAUUGUACCUUUGAGGGUUAAUUAACAUUGUAAUUUGAUGAACAAUCAAAUGUACACUGUGCAUAUACCUGCACAGAACUUUUAUUUCUAGCAGUGCAUGGACUUUAAUGUGAAGUGGUAAAUUAAUACAAAGCAUAUGAGUUUUUUACUAGAUUAUUUAUUUGUAACUGAUAUUACCUUCCCUUGUGUGAUUAAACUUUGUCUUUUAUUUAAAGAUUAUGUUUGAAGGAAUUUAGUGUCUUUGUUGUUGUAAAGUCUGUAAUUGAGAUAUAUUUUUGACAAAUUAUCUGCUGUUCUUUUUUAAUAUAAAUCUUUAAAAUAGA